AUGCCAUUCUGCGAACUUGAUGAUGGCAUAGUGCCAUGAAUGUGCUUCGUAAUCUUUCGCUGCCUGGAAAUCGUUGGACGCGUUGUAUCGGCACCAGGAGAGAAUUCUGGCAGAAGAUCAACGAGCAGCAUUUGGCCAAGGAACUGCAGGACAUCGCCACUUCGGCUCGUGAAGGCGAAACGGCCGACACAAGCCUAUUCGAUCCCAAGGUCCGGCUGCGGACUACGCGCCGGCCAAGCUUGGCAGCUGCCGAAGCCGUGGCACGAUCUUCGCUUCCCAACGCUGAUGAGGCGGGCUUCGAUGCGAGCCGCAGAACCAAGCCGUGGCUCCACUACGAGAGCCUGCGGGGCCAGACUUAUCCUUCAGGCGGCAGCGCUCCGCGCUACCAGGAUUUGACUCACGAGGAUGCGCAGCGUCUUCAAGAGAUGUACAUGCGCAAGAAGAUGAUGGACCGAAAGCUCCUGUGGCUGAAGCAAGCCGACCUUCCGAACCCGCAGCGGGAUGCCAAGCUCGCCAUGCGGGCGCGGAAGAAGCGAGAAGAGGAGGAGAAGGCCGCCGGGCCAGGUGGAGACAUGUACCCAGUGCCCUUCCAGGACGUGCACCCUGGCAGCCGCAAGCUCCAGAAAAUGGAAGAAUCCGCUCGCCUGGACGAACUGGAGAGCCGCUUCAGGGCUCGCAUCCGCCAGCAGAAGGUGGAGAAUGCACGCAUCGUUAAGGCAAACAAGCCGCAGGUGGGCCACAUGGUUGUGGACCCGAUUCAACGGCACGUGCACCGACGCCUGGUGCGCCAACGCGUGAAAAUCCACCAGGGCCUUGAGACCUUCCUCACGCAGAACUCGGCCCAGCUGCUCUACGAGCACCUGGGCGGCGCCGCCGUGAGCAUCGUGCGGAUCUGCGCCAAGAAGCCCCGGGCCACCCAGGAGAUCCAGUACAGCCUCAGCUCCAACCAUGACCCUGAGUGGGUGCAGCGGCAGCUCAACAUUGCCGCGCCGAAGUUGAGGUCGCAACUGGCCCUGAAGGUCAACUUGGGGCAGACGCCGCGCAUCAAGUUUGUGCCAUACACGCAGUCCCAGGAAGUGCGGCGGAGAUACAUCUGGCAGUUCGCCAAGGCCAUCCAAGAUCGAAUCCCUGUGGGCGGCGGAGGCAAGCGCUUCGACGUUUGAUGGGGA